UAUACAAGUGACAGCUGACAUUUUACUACACUGAUUAAACACGAACGGUUGUCGCAGUCUGUUUGAAAUUGAUCCUUUGAUUUCGUGAAAUGCGUAUUCGUCUCAUCACUCAUGUGGUUGGCGGCAGAAUGAAAUAUGGAAAUUGAUCGCAAUCCCAGCAAUAUAAUUUGGAGACUAUAAAAAAGAAUAUACUUUUGGCGAAGAAUGAAGAAGUUUGUUCAGAAAAUUGUGAUGUAGAAUUAAGAGAAAGUGAUAAUAUAGCUGUGAUCCCUCCGCUGAGCGGUGGAUAAAAUAUGGAUUAUUUAAAACUAACGUCGGAUAAGCUCUCUGUUGAGGCUGUCUCCGAGAUGGUGGUAGAUGACAAAUGUGGAGCUGUUUCUUUAUUCGUUGGUACCACUAGGGACAACUUUGAUGGUAAAAAGGUUCUCCAUUUAGAAUAUGAGGCAUACGAAGCUAUGGCGAUCAACGCACUGAAGGCCAUAUGCAAUGAAGUGCGGGAGAAAUGGCCAAAUGUACAUGGAAUAGCCAUGUACCAUCGGCUCGGUUCCGUUCCCUGUAAGGAGGCGUCAGUGGUGAUAGCCGUCAGUAGCCCUCACAGACAGGACAGUCUGAGCGCUGUGUCGUACUGCAUAGACCAGCUCAAGGCCACUGUACCGAUAUGGAAAAAGGAGGUGUACGACGGCAGCGAGCCCAUGUGGAAGGAGAACAAGGAAUGUCCGUCUUCAGUGUCGCCACAUCCGCUAGAGUGUAAUACACUAGAAACGCCCAUAGACAAGAACUUAGUGCAAAUAAAUGUUUCAAACGAGGAGUUGGAGAAGAGGAUAAGAAAUUUCAUCGAGAGGAAAAGAGAUCAGGUGAACCUGAGUAACAUCCAGGACUUCAUACCGGUCAAGAGUGAGAACGAGAAGGAAGAUACGGACACGUGUGCGAGAGUGAGAACGCUGUUCGUGAAGAGAAGCGACUCGAAGGGACAUUUGAAAAUUCGUAAAGUCCACAACGAGUGGGGUCCACAGACGGUGCGUCAGGAACCCGCGAAAAUUAAAAAGGACGGGGACUUGCCGCCCUCUAUAUCUGAACGAGUGUGCGCCAUCGAGACGUAUCUAAACACCGGACCCGUCGCUAAAGACAUUUACAAACGUUUGAAGGACAUGGAAGACAAAAUAAAUCAUCUUCAGAGCGUAUCGCCCGAGUACUCCAUGUUCUGGAAAAACAAAAGAGAAACAGAAAUAAAGCAGGAGCCGAAAGUUGAACACACGUACACGGCGGAGGACAUCGCCAAGAAGAUAGAGAUGCUGGAGAGACAGAGCGGGGUGGAGUACUCGGACUGAACAAUACUCACGCACGAUUACCGACCUUAUCGCUAAAGGAAUAGUGUCCAUAUUACCAUAAUGACUUUUAUUGUAUUACAAAUACAAUAUACGACCUCCGUUAUGAUCGGGUCGGUGUUUAGUGAAUCAAAUGUGUUAUUGCGUAUGUGUUUCGUAACUUUUUUUUUAUCGUACAUAAAUAAAAUUAAUAAAGGCUGAAAGGAAAUUAACUUAAAA